AUGGACGCGAAUAGGAUGUAUGGAGGCAGCGAGGAUGCCUCUGACCAGGCCGGGGACGGUAGGCUAUCCAGGAUGCGUUCAGCACAUUCGUCAUUCAGCAGCUUCGAUAACUUAAUAGAGAAAGACAAAAGUCGAGGUUCGGCGGCAAAAGGCGAAGAUAUGGAGGAGCAGCCAUCGCUGAAGCUCUUCCAAAGCAACCUGGCCCAUGCUAGGAAGAAGUUCACAGCCGAGGAACCAAAUGAGCCAAUCUUUAUCGAGAUCUCGGGGCCGAGAUCACUUGCCAUGCCCAAUAUCUUCGAAGCCGCGAUGAACACUGCACCCGAACACUACAAGGAGCGGUUGGGGGACGCGCAGAUGCGCGAGACUCCAGAGUUCAAACGCUACGAAGAAGCAACCAAUAUUGAACUCUUUUACGAUCUGUUCUUCGUGGCCAACCUGACGACCUUUACCGAUGUCCACGAGAUCAACGCGAUCGCAGCGCUGAAGGCCUAUGCUGGAUUCUUCUGCAUCCUGUGGUUCCUCUGGGUUCAGGUCAGCUUGUUCGAUGUUCGGUUUGUGGAAGACAGUAUCCUGGAGAGGAUUGGGAAGGCCUGCCAGUUCGGAGUCAUGAUCGGCUUGGCCAUUGUGGGUCCAUCCUUCAAUCCGGAGGAGCAAAGACAAGACGUCUUUCGGUCGCUGGCCAUCAUCCUCAUGCUAUCCCGCGUUGUUCUUGCACUCCAGUAUGGGUUGGUCCUGUACCAAGUAUUCUAUUACAAAGGUUCCCGAAAGCCAUUGGUCUUGAUCGUGGGAUCCAACCUUUUUGCCGCGCUCCUGUACUUCAGCACCUUUUUCGGCUUCAAACCAGACAACCCGCGGAAUCAUGUCUUUGUCUUGUGGUAUAUAACCGCGGUGCUCGAAACCGCUUUCAACAUCAUAGUGUCGUCCAAGUGGGAGGUUCUUACCUUCCAAGGCACUCAUUUGAUCAAGCGUAUGAGCUUGUUGACGUUGAUUAUAUCGCUAAGAUUCCACGGAGUGGGUGAAGGAAUCAUUGCGUUCUCGAAAAGUAUCGCCACGAUAACCGAACAAGAAGAGAAUUGGAAUGGGCCCCUUCUCUUGACUAUCGGCAUGGCAGUGAUUAUAGUAUACUUCAUUUACAUGAUCUACUUUGACUGGAUUAAUCGCAACCACUUUGGAUCAUUCCGAGAAGGCCUCUGGGCCCUGCUCCAUUUUCCAUUCCAUCUCGCGCUGGUCCUUCUCCUCGAAGGAGCUGCCCAAUUCAUAGUCUGGCGGAAAGUUGUUGAAGUUGUCCGCUCUGUAAACGAACUCUUCCUCGAAGUCCAAGAGUCCUUUAAGGGGAACACCAGUACCGCGUUCGCCGAGCUGCUCUCCAAUACCACCAACGAGGUCUUCGAAAGAUUCCCGCCGGUGUUCACCCGCACCCUGAUGGAAUCCAGCAAGGCCAUCACCGCCAUCGGGAGCUCCACCUUUAACUCUCCGCAGCAGCGCGAAGAGGUCACGACGUUAUUCGCCGUGAUCCAAGAUUCCAUCUUUGACAAUUUCAAGAUCGAGCCUCCCGAGGUCAAGAACACGGACCCGGAUCCCAACACGGAGUGGGCCAAGAACGCAGAUGCGUUCAAACUGAUUUUCAUCUACUUCUUCGCCGCGUCUGGCAUCACCCUCAUCCUGAUGAACGCGCUCAACUUCCUCAGCCGGACGAAGCCCACCCGUUUCGACUACGCCCGCAUCGCCGCCAACUUCGUCAUCGGGGCGGCGCUGGUCUCGAUCACCGGCUUCGUCAACACCUCUGAGGGCUUCCGUUUCGCCCAGAGUGCUUUCAUCCUGCCGACUGUGGGCUUUGCAUUCGUGCUCGUCAUGGCACUGGCGUACACCAAGCUCUUGCGCGAGAAGAUCCGCGCCGGCAGCCGCUCGCACCACCUCCAGCGAAGCGAAGCGGCAGCCGCCAGUCCCUCCCUCUCCCAGCCACAGGUCGCGGAGGGCCUACAGCAGCAGCUGCAGCUGCUUGCAACGUCUGUAAUCCGCAUCCGCACCCCCCAGAUCGCUACCAUCGUCGUCGUCGCCCAUUUCGGCGCGACCACAGCUAGCCAGCAGAACAGAGCAAAUCAUGGCAUCUUCAACUCCCUCUCUAUCAUCAUCAUCAUCACCUCUCAUCCCCCUCCGCGAGAAGCCAGCCAGCCAGCCAUUCAGCCAUUCAGCCGCGCCCUCAAAGACCGCCCCAGCCCACGCUCCCUCCCAACCGCAGAUUUAGCGAGCGCAGCAUCAUCGCCCGACCCCCCAGCAGGGCAGGGCACGCAGCCCCAGCUUCGGCGUCAGAUGGGUACGACAGGAGAUAGGAUAGCGGAUCCGCUGGGCUGGGGUACGGCGUGGUGUGGUGGCCGUUUGAGACAGACGCCAGACGAGACUGAGUUACGCACGCAUCACCACAUCACAACAUCUGGAGAGCCAAGUUUUCAAAAGAGCUUCAUUUUUGCACCCCCAUCCCGGCUGCACCUAAGAAAUCAUACGCGCAAGCCAUGCAUAAGAGCCACGGAACAACACCUCGCAGGUAGCCCAUCGUCGCCAACAAGCAGCCCCAGGUAUUAUUCCCAAUCCGAAAAUCAAAGACCGCAAAUACGAACGUGA